AUGGACGAGGCCGAGGGGAGCGGGGCCGGGGCCGGGCCGGGCCGGAGGGCGGGGGCGCCUGAGACCCCCGAGCCUGGCGGCAGCCCCACCCGAGGCGGCGGCGGGGGCAGCGGCGGGGGCAGCGCCGAGGAACAGGCUUCCCAGACAAGUUUCUCAAAGAUCCCUAGAGCCUUGAGUACAUUUCGGAGAGAGUCAUCAGAGUCCAACAUGUCUCAAAGCAGGACAGACACCCAUCCCGAGGAACCUUUGACAGUAUCAGUGUCGAUUCAGACAGAAACCAGUUGGCUUUUGGACGAGUUCAAUAAAAAACAAUUGGCCCAGAAAACAAUUGGGAUAAUCCAGAAGAAGAGCACCAAGAGUCUUGUUUCUUCAAUCAAAAAGAAAUGGUCCGUCUCCUCCCAGGAUAAGACCUUGGACAUUCUAUGCGACAUGGAGUUCAAGGAAGACUACCUGAGAUUGUUGGAGCCGGCCCUCCGAACGAUCGCCAGCGUUGGACCGCCAACCAUUCUGGCGUUCAAGCCAGAAUGUUUCCAGGACAGACUUCUGCAGAUGGCCGAGGAGUGCCCAGUGUUGUGCGAGUUCUGUGGUGCCAAUCUGCAGCCGUUCCCGUCCACCGAAGACCUGGGCGCCAAUACCAGAGAAAUGCCUUUCUGUUGCGACAACUUCCGGGAGCUGUACGAGUUCUUGCUUCAAGAAAAGAGGCUCCUCUCGAGAGAUCAACUGGAUUUAAUUUCCAUCAAACCCCACGCGGCCCAUUGGAGCGAGGCUGAUAGGCAGCGAGCAAAGGAAAGAGCCAUGCAGAGGCAACAGGAGAGACAGAUGGCCAGACAUGCGGCAAGCAUAGCUUUAGAACAGGCCAGCUAUACGGACCUAUCUCGACAGUUGAAAACCAUUUCCUAUCAGCUGUCCAAGGAGCCCCCAGGUGAAUUGACAGUGAAACCUAAGGAGGUGCUCAAGGCUGAUGAGGAGCAAAUAAGCUUUGUUAUCACCUGCUGUGACUUCACCACCACCGGAGGGAAGAUGGUAACAAAUCAGUUCUUGGAAAAGUACUACAAGCACGGGGGCAAGUUCCUGACCAUGUUCCCAGAUGGCUCCGCCCAACUGUUCUAUCCGUCGGGAAAUCUGGCCGUCCUCGUUGUUGCCAGCCAGGUGAAAGGUUUACUGUGUAUAGUCCGGGAAGACAAGCAGUGCGGCGCAGAAAUCCAAGCUGUGUUUGAUUCCUGUGGGAAAGGAACCUGUUACCACCCAAACGGGAAUGUCUGGGUCAACCUCAGCCUUUUGGGAGGGCAGUGUUUAGAUGAAGCCGGCAACAGAGUGAGGAUGUGGAAGUGGCCGAGUACUCUGACAUCUCGUCCCGCUGUUCCCUUUAAGCCCAUCUUUCUGUCAUUGAGUCAGUACAUUGGUGUCCGGAUCGUAGAUCAGGAUAAAAUCGCAGUCACUUUUCUGGCCCUGGGCCAGCAGGCCAAAUUCAGUGUGGGAACUAAAGUGCAGAUCAGGUGUGUGGACCAGAUCCCCUCCUUCAGGCUCCUGAGUCAAGAUGAUUUCCUGCUACUGGCCCACUGGAUAAGGAUCCAAUACCUGCUCAACAAACUGCAAGGCUGCCGGGACUUCCCCUCCAGCCAGUUCUGGGACAAGAUGAAACCGCCGUCUUACUUGGCAUCCCAUGCUCUGAAACUGCUUAGCCUCUGCCAAAAUUCUGAGCUAGCCGAUGAUGUCUUUGAGACCGUAAAGGCGCUAAUAAAGGAAUCGAUUUGAUCAGG